AUGGCUUUACCCACCAAGCAAGAGGUCCAGGAUCUCGUCAAACAGCUGACUGAAGCUGCCAACGCCUAUGAUGAUUCCGCCAGUCUUGCCGGCCAUCUCGCCCGCACCGACAUUAUCGCAAGGGCGAAGGACCUCCAGCGUGCCUUGAUCACUGCCGAUCAGACACCUGCCUAUCAUGGCCUAAAUAUGGCCGAGUUGAUUGCUGCCCGCACCUUCAUCAAGAUUGGAGCUCUCAACGCCAUCCCCGAGACGGGAACCAUUUCCCUCCACGGUCUCUCCAAGGCCACCGGAGCCCAAGAAUCUCUCCUAGAGCGCGAUGCCCGUAUCCUCGUGGCCACUGGCUUUCUGCUCCAGCCUUCUGCCACCACCCUUGCCUACGCUCACAGCAAGUUCAGCCUCGUCUACCGCGCUGGCUCGCCGGCCGGUUACUUCUUCCUUGCCCUCUAUGACCAGUACCUCAAGCAUGCCUACAACUUUGACGACUAUCUCGAGGCGCACGGCCAGGUCUCUGCGGCCCGCGAACCCGAUGAUCCCCUCCACAACCCCUGCACCUGGAACGCAAAGCAGGAUGGUGUGUCUGUCUGGCAGAUCAUGGCUCAGAACCCGGAGAAGCUGGACCAGUUCCAAAAGGGAUUGGCCGGCAUUGAUGUUGCCGUCCCGCCCGUGGGUCAUUUUGACUUUUCAUUGUUGAAAAACAGCGACGAGGAGAAUGCUGCGGGGAUCAAGGAGCUGGUUGAUGUCGGGGGUGGCCAUGGAGUGGUGUUGUCCAAGAUUCUCGCUGCUCAUCCAGACUUGGGUGCCAGGAACACAGUGUUGCAGGAACGGAAGGACAUUUGUGCUCUGGCCGCUGAACAUCUGCCCGAGGGAGCAGUGGCGAUGGAACAUGAUUUUACAAAGGAACAGCCUGUGAAAGGAGCGAAGGGCUAUUUCUUCCGGAUGAUCAUGCACGACUAUUCCGACGCCGUUGCCUCAGGAAUUCUGAAGCAGAUCGUACCUGCCAUGAACAGCCAGUCCAGGGUCCUGGUCUGUGAUAUGAUCUUGCCGCAAAAGGUUGGCGAGGCCGACUUUGCAGCGGCCGUGAUGGAUCAUGCCGUUAUGACCAUGGGUGGCAAGGAAAGAACUGAGGAAGGCUUCAGAAAGAUCUUUGACGCUGCUGGACUGGAGUUGGUCAAGGUUUGGAGGGCCCCGGGCGUUCCCGGUGGUGUGGUUGAGGGAAGGCUGAGGGCUAACUGA